AUGAGGUGUUCAGAGGGAAUAAGAGUUAUCCUUCCGUCUAAAGUGCAUAUGAAAGCAGAGGUUGAUAUUGCUAAAUUGUGGAUAGACAAAUGUCAGGCCUAUUUGAGACCAAGCUGCAAUAAACUUGCAUUUGGAGACUUUCUUAAAGUUGAUGAUAUCAAGGAUUUAAUCAAUCAGCCUGCAAAUUUGAAAGUCAUUCUUGACACUUCAGAACUUAAUUCUGUUCUCAACAAUAUUGAAAAAUGGGAACAUAGUUCACUAAGUCUACUCAAUAAUUUUAGAACCUUACUUCAUUUGAAUAGUAUUGGCUCUACAGUUGACACACUUCAAAGAAAAUUGGAGGAGCUACAAGGUAAAAUGAACACAAAAAUUGAAAUUGGAUUAUCUCUUGGUUUUGAGUUCAAGGUUCUUUGGGAACUGAAGGAUUCUUCGUUGAUGCUAAGAUGGAUAUUGAAUGCACUGUCUCUGUGCUGUAUGAUUCCUUUAUUGCAGGAUGUUGAUAGAUUAAUUGAAGAAGCAGUCCACCUUCCUGCUUCCUUAGCAGAUUGUUCUUUGGUUACAUUGUUGAUGAGGGCAUUGUCUUGUCUAAGAAAAUCACUUACUUUGCUUCCUGGUUCUGGAACAUCUGCAAAAUCCAAAUUGGAAGAUGUUGAAAAUAUUCUAGCAGAAUUCAAGGUUAGUGUUUUGAAGUGAUCUGCCUUUU